GUACAGAUAUCCCUGAAGAUGUGUGGCUCAAACUGCUUCAAACUAUCUGAGCAUUUGUUAUUUAACUGAUGAAGCUUUCCUACCAUUUGCUUUCCUCCUGAAGCCUUCAUCUAUUGAAGGAUCCAAAUUAGGUAUUAUGGAAUCAAGACCAGCUAAAACAUGAGAAGAUAUGUUCAAGAUGAUCAAGUCAGAAGAUUUUUCACUUCAUAGAAAUAUUAUUUUUGUUUAAUAUGUAGUAUAAUUAGACAAAGCAAAAUUCAGUAACUUUUCUCGAAAUUAGGACGCGCCUGUGGCCUUCAUCAAAAAUGUUUCUAACAUUUUCAAGAAAAAAUAUGUCCCAGAAGCUGAGUAUGUUCUUACUAAUCUUUGGAAUCAUUUGGGGGUUGAUGUUGCUUCGCUACACUUUUCAGUAUCCAAGACGCCAAAGCAGUGCUGAGUUGCGUGGACAGAUAUUAGACCUCAGUAAAAGAUAUGUCAAAGCACUGGCAGAAGAAAAUAAAAACCUGAUGAAUGGUGGUGGUGGAGCCUCUAUGUCAGGAUAUGCUGAUCUGAAGAGAACAAUUGCUGUUCUUCUGGAUGACAUCUUACAGCGCCUGGUGAAACUGGAAAACAAGGUUGAUUACAUCGUUGUGAAUGGCUCAGCAACCAACACCACUAAUGGAACUAACCAUCAGGUGCCAGUGACUUCAAACAAGCGUGCAAAACCAGCAAGCAACAUCAGAUAGCAAACAGGGCUGCUUUGUGUUGCUGCACCAUUGAUGGAUAAUAUUUAAGAUAAGCUUUUGUCUCUGGCUUGGGCAAAGCAGUAGUUGACUCUAAAGCAAGCAUAAAUUAUUGUAUUCUACAACAUGCUUGGAUCUGUGUAGGCCUAACAUGUGCUGAGGUUCUCAAAGCAUUAUUUCAUUGCCUUUGAGCAGUGCUUCUGAAGUGAUCUUUGUUGUCUCUAAAGAUAUUUUGAUAUGAUUUGAUGUAGUAGGCCAUUGGAUAAUAACAAUAUGUGGAAAGCAAUGGGAAACUUAUAGGUAGGUUUCUAAAUAUAUUUAUUUAAGUAUGAAUAUAACAUAUCUUUUGGAUAGGUGAGCAAUACUGUAGUUUAUUCAUUUUUUGUGAUCUGCAUUAAGCCAAGGUAACUGAAGAAAAUGUGUUGCUAAACAGAUGUUAGAAGAUGUGCACACUUAAAAUAUUUUCUUACUUAUUUACUAAAACAAUAUUAAAUUGAGGGUAGCAUUGGUGGUAAUAUUUUAAAAUUGUGACCCAAAGAAUGUCUUUAUUUGCACUAUCUGUCAGAAUAGUUAAAGAGAACUUACUGUAUAUUUAAGAAAAUUUAUUAUAAUAGGAAAACAUUCUAGGUAGUAACACUGUCCAGGUUUAUCUUUAUGCCAGAGAUAGGGCAGUUAGAUUAUCAAAAGCAAAUUAUCAUCUGUGAUAUCUUAGAUUAUUAUUUCUUAAAAAGAUAUUUAAGUGUAUGUAUUUUGUAAUUGCAGAUAAAAUUAUUUAAGUGAGGGAAAUAAGUUUUGAAUAUGUGAAUAUAGUUUAUUUUUAUUCACUGUUGUUUGUUUUAACAUUUUAAUGCCUUGCAAUUUGUGUUUAGUAUAGCACACUAUCUCCCUGAAUUGCUUUCUUGAUCAGAAGGAAAAGCAAUGAAGGGAAUCAAGGCAUCUCUGCAUUUAACAGGGGUAUGUGUACUAAGGGUGUCUAAUCAUGGAAUAUUUGAGAGCUAAGGUAAUGUUUGCCUUAUGUCUAAGCCAGCCUUACAGCAAAGUGAAUUGCAUGCAGUGUUGGGUGCACUGUAUCUCAGUGUUACUGAAAUCAUGUUGAUGUGCCACUGAACCUGUUUUUUAAACUCUGCUGAAUGUUUGCGGGGGGACAGAAUGUUCAGGGACUUUUGCCAAAAGUGUCCUGUAAGUGAGGUUUUGGGGAUGAGUAAAACCAGAGGCACUGGGUGAUAUACCAGGCAACAUUAUGUGUGUUUUUCCUUUCUUCUGUUUCCCUGCUUAUAUUCUCGCUGGUUAUAAAGGAAAAUACAAUUGCAAUCUUAAUUAGUACUUAGUAUCCAGAUGAUUUUUUUGUCACAUUGUGUGUAAACAUUUCACUUCAAUGCAGGAAGAGAAAAAUAAAUUUUUAAUUGUA